UUAAGAAAAAACAAGGAAUUUCCUGGUGAGCUACGACAACACUGGAAGAUGAACGUGGGCGUAGCUCACAGCGAGGUGAACCCCAACACGCGGGUGAUGAACAGCAGAGGAAUAUGGCUGACCUACCUGUUGCUGACCGUCGUGUUGCACAUCGUGCUGCUCAGCAUCCCUUUCUUCACAGUGCCACUCGUCUGGACCCUCACCAACGUCAUCCACAACCUGGUGAUGUACCUGUUUCUACACACAGUGAAGGGAACUCCCUUCGAGACGCCGGACCAAGGCAAAGCUCGUCUGCUCACUCACUGGGAACAGAUGGACUACGGCGUCCAAUUCACAGCGUCGCGUAAAUUCCUCACCAUCUCACCAAUUGUUCUGUAUAUUCUUGCUAGUUUCUACACAAAAUACGAUGCCACACAUUUCCUAAUCAACACAGGCUCCCUCCUGAGCGUCCUCCUCCCAAAGUUACCUCAGUUUCACGGAGUACGGAUAUUUGGGAUCAACAAGUACUGACAGAAAUGAUUCAAGCACUGGAUUUUAAUCAACACUGGACUUUUAUGUUUUUCUGUUUCUGCUGAACUAUUUUAGGUUUAGACGCUGAUGAGAAAGAGAUUAUCUGACUGUGUGGAGUAAUAUAUCAAAGUUGCAGUUUGUGCAGCCUGAAAAAAAAAAAGAAGCAGUAAAUGCACUGCUGCUGUUUUACAUGAAAGUAACUAUUUUUUUCUUCAUGGACAUUCCUGCUGGGUUUUUUUUGUUUUUUUGUUUUUUGACAAAAAGCCAGACGCUUCGCUCUUGUUGUGAAGUAAGAGCAAAGUUUCACCUGCACUGCUUUUGAAUGUGACAAUUAUUAUACAUUACUUUCAAAAACAUACCAUCUCCCCUGUCUUUAGACGCAGCUUUUUACUGUUACAAACUGCGCUGGCUGCAAGUCUGUAAAACUGAGUUUCUGGUUGUUGCCAUAAAUGUGAAUCAAUCUCUUCCAUUUACUCAACGUGUGGUUCAUGUUCUGAAUACUACUUUCACCUAUUUUUUUUUUCUUCAUGCUUUCCGUUUGAUUUACUUUUAAGGGUUCACGUGCAUCAUGCAUUUACACAUCUACAAUAAACACUGCAGACUUUGUUUUGCUAUGAUACACAUAAUCAUGAAAAGCUGGAUCUCUUUUUCCAUGUAUGUGUAUAAAAAAUGAGCAUUGAGAGC